GGCACUGUGGCCAGCAUGGGGGAUUGGUGGCUGGCCCGGCUCCUGCUGGGCUGCACGGCCGUGCUGGCGGUGGCCCCGGCGCGGGGACAGUACGAGGGGGACUUGCAGACGGACAGAUUUGCUGCCUACGAGGAGAGACCCCCGAGCAGAGUGAGGAGAAGGGGCCAGGACUCGCUGCGAGGCCCAAACGUCUGUGGCUCGAGGUUCCAUUCCUACUGCUGCCCUGGCUGGAAAACUCUGCCUGGGGGGAACCAGUGCAUUGUCCCAAUCUGCAGGAAUUCCUGCGGGGAUGGAUUCUGCUCCCGGCCCAACAUGUGCACCUGCUCCAAUGGACAGCUCUCCCCCAACUGCGGCUCAGCUGGAGUGCAGAGCUGCAGCGUGCGCUGCAUGAACGGGGGCAGCUGCUCCGAGGAGUCCUGCCUGUGCCAGAAGGGAUUCACCGGCACCUACUGCGGGCAGCCUGUGUGUGAGAACGGCUGCCAGAACGGGGGCAGGUGCAUCGGCCCCAACCGCUGCGCCUGUGUCUACGGCUUCACCGGGCCCCAGUGCGAGAGAGAUUACCGCACGGGGCCGUGCUUCAGCCAGGUGAACAACCAGAUGUGCCAGGGCCAGCUGAGCGGCAUCGUGUGCACCAAGACCAUGUGCUGUGCCACCAUCGGCCGCGCCUGGGGCCACCCCUGCGAGAUGUGCCCGGCCCAGCCGCACCCCUGCCGCCGCGGCUUCAUCCCCAACAUCCGCACCGGAGCCUGCCAGGAUGUGGAUGAGUGCCAGGCCAUCCCUGGCCUCUGCCAAGGUGGGAAUUGCAUCAACACCGUGGGAUCCUACGAGUGCAAGUGCCCUGCAGGGCACAAGCAGAGCGAGACCAGCCACAGGUGUGAAGACGUGGACGAGUGCGGGGCCAUCCCCGGCGUGUGCGACGGCGGCGACUGCACCAACACGGCGGGCAGCUACGUGUGCUCCUGCCCCCGCGGCUUCGUCAGCAGCCCCGACGGCUCCCGCUGCCUCGGUGAGGGGGAAACCGCGGCGGUCGGGGUCGGACCGGGGCCGGGGGGGUGCGCACGGGGGUGGGAGCGGUGCUGGCUGGGUGGGAGCUGCUCCUCCUUCCCGCCCUGUUUUUUUUCAGACGAGUACCGCAGGCUCUGCAUCGAGGGACUCCCGGUGGUGCCAGGCUUCCCCGGGAACUUCCCAGGAAUUCCUGGAUUCGGACCCAACGGGGUCGGGCCGGGGCUCAACGGGCCGGGGGGCAUCGGCCCCAACGGGGCGAACGGACAGGGCGGGAUCCCGGGGCUGCCCGGGAUGGGCCCGGGGAGCUCCAGCAUCGGCACGGCCACUCUGAACCAGACCAUCGACAUCUGCAAACACUUCACCAACCUGUGCCUGAACGGGCGCUGCAUCCCCACCCCGUCCAGCUACCGCUGCGAGUGCAACAUGGGCUACAAGCAGGACGUCAGAGGGGAGUGCAUCGAUGUGGACGAGUGCUCGAGCAGCCCCUGCGUCCACGGCGACUGCGUCAACACCCCGGGCUCCUACCACUGCAAGUGCCACGAGGGCUUCCAGAGCACCCCCACCAAGCAGGCCUGCAUUGACAUCGACGAGUGCGAGACGCCGGGGAUCUGCAUGAACGGCUGGUGCAUCAACACCGAGGGCUCCUUCCGCUGCGAGUGCCUGGGGGGCCUGGCCAUCGGCGUGGACGGCCGCGUCUGCGUGGACACCCACAUGCGCAGCACCUGCUACGGGGGCAUCAAGAAGGGCACCUGCGCCCGCCCCUUCCCCGGCGCCGUCACCAAAUCUGAGUGCUGCUGCGCCAACCCCGACCACGGCUUCGGGGAGCCCUGCCAGCCCUGCCCGGCCAAGAACUCGGCGGAAUUCCAGGCUCUCUGCAGCAGCGGCAUCGGGAUCACGGCUGAUGGCAGAGACAUCAACGAGUGCGCCCUGAACCCCGACAUCUGCCCCAACGGGAUGUGCGAGAACCUGCGGGGCAGCUACCGCUGCAUCUGCAACCUGGGCUACGAGUCCGACCCCACGGGCAAGAACUGCGUGGAUGUGGACGAGUGCAGCGUCAACCGGCUGCUGUGCGACAACGGGCUGUGCAGGAACACCCCUGGCAGCUACACCUGCACCUGCCCCAAGGGCUUCGUGUUCCGCACCGAGACCGACACCUGCGAAGACAUCAACGAGUGCACGUCCAACCCGUGUGUGAACGGGCUGUGCCGGAACAACGCCGGCUCCUUCGCCUGCGAGUGCUCCCCGGGCAGCAAACUGGACCCCAGUGGCACCAUCUGCGUGGACAGCAUGAAGGGCACCUGCUGGCUCAACAUCCAGGACGGGCGCUGCGAGGUCAACAUCAACGGGGCCACGCUGAAAUCCGAGUGCUGUGCCACCCUGGGGGCAGCCUGGGGCAGCCCCUGCGAGCGCUGCGAGAUCGACACCGCCUGUCCCCGGGGGUACGCCCGCAUGAAGGGGGUCACCUGCGAAGACGUGAACGAGUGCGAGGUGUUCCCGGGCGUGUGCCCCAACGGGCGCUGCGUGAACUCGGCCGGCUCCUUCCGCUGCGAGUGCCCCGAGGGGCUGACCCUGGAUGGCACUGCCAGGACCUGUGUGGACGUGCGGGUGGAGCAGUGCUACAUGCGCUGGGACGAGGACGAGUGCACGGAGCCCCUGCCCGGGAAAUUCCGCAUGGACAUGUGCUGCUGCUCCGUGGGCUCGGCCUGGGGCUCCGACUGCGAGGAGUGUCCCCGCGCCGGCUCCGCCGAGUUCAAGGCGCUGUGUCCCCGCGGGCCCGGCUUCGCCAACCGCGGCGACGUGCUCUCGGGGCGGCCCUUCUACAAAGAUGUGAACGAGUGCAAGGUGUUCUCCGGGCUCUGCACGCACGGCACCUGCAGGAACACCAUCGGCAGCUUCAGGUGCAUCUGCGGCAAUGGAUUUGCUCUGGAUGCUGAGGAGAGGAACUGCACAGACAUCGACGAGUGCCGCAUCUCCCCCGACCUGUGCGGGCACGGCUCGUGCGUGAACACCCCGGGCAGCUUCGAGUGCGAGUGCUUCGAGGGCUACGAGAGCGGCUUCAUGAUGAUGAAGAACUGCAUGGACAUCAACGAGUGCGAGCGGGACCCGCUGCUGUGCCGGGGCGGGAUCUGCAUGAACACCGACGGCAGCUUCGAGUGCAUCUGCCCCCCUGGGCACGAGCUGACAGCCGAGGGCAACACCUGCAUUGACAUCAACGAGUGCUCCCUCAGUGACAACCUCUGUCGCAACGGGCGCUGCGUCAACGUCAUCGGCACCUACCAGUGCUCCUGCGACUCGGGCUUCCAGGCCACGCCAGACAGGCAGGGCUGUGUCGACAUCGACGAGUGCACCAUCACCAACGGGGGCUGUGACACCCACUGCUCCAACUCCGAGGGCAGCUACGAGUGCAGCUGCAGCGAAGGCUACGCCCUGAUGCCAGACAAGAGGUCCUGUGCAGAUAUUGAUGAGUGUGAGGAUAACCCUGAGAUCUGUGACGGGGGGCAGUGCACCAACAUCCCCGGGGAGUACCGCUGCCUCUGCUUCGACGGCUUCAUGGCAUCCCUGGACAUGAAGACCUGCAUUGAUGUGAACGAGUGCGACCUCAACCCCAACAUCUGCCUGCACGGCGAGUGUGAGAACACCAAGGGCUCCUUCAUCUGCCACUGCCAGCUGGGCUACUUCGUCAAGAAGGGAACCACAGGCUGCACAGACAUCGAUGAGUGUGAGAUUGGGGCCCACAACUGCGACAUGCACGCGUCCUGCAUCAACGUCCCCGGCAGCUUCAAGUGCAAGUGUCGCUCGGGCUGGCUCGGGGACGGGCUCAAGUGCAACGACCUGGAUGAGUGUGCAACUGAGGAGCACAAGUGCAACCUGAACGCCAACUGUGUGAACACUCCUGGCUCCUACCGCUGCGCCUGCCGCGACGGCUUCAACGGCGACGGCUUCUCCUGCUCAGACGUGGAUGAGUGUGCAGACAACGUGAACCUGUGUGAGAACGGGCAGUGCCUCAACGCCCCCGGCGGGUACCGCUGCGAGUGCGAGAUGGGCUUCAACCCCACCGAGGACAGCAAGGCCUGCCAGGACAUUGACGAAUGCACCUUCCAGAACAUCUGUGUCUUUGGCACCUGCCAGAACCUGCCCGGGAUGUUCCGCUGCGCCUGCGACGAUGGAUAUGAGCUGGACAGGAGUGGGGGCAACUGCACAGACAUCAACGAGUGUGCAGACCCUGUGAACUGCAUCAACGGGCUCUGCGUCAACACCCCGGGCAGCUACCUGUGCAACUGCCCCCAGGACUUCGAGCUGAACCCCACGGGGGUGGGCUGUGUGGAUACCCGCGUUGGGAAUUGCUUCCUGGACACGCAGGACCGAGGGGAUGGGGGCAUCUCCUGCAGCGCCGAGAUCGGCGUGGGGGUCACUCGUGCCUCCUGCUGCUGCUCCCUGGGCCGUGCCUGGGGCAACCCCUGCGAGCUCUGCCCUCCAGCCAACACCACCGAGUACAAGACCUUGUGCCCUGGGGGAGAAGGCUUCCGGCCCAACCCCAUCACUGUCAUCCUGGAGGACAUUGACGAGUGCCAGGAGCUGCCAGGGCUGUGCCAGGGCGGGAACUGCGUCAACACCUUCGGCAGCUUCCAGUGCGAGUGUCCCCUGGGCUACUACCUCAACGAGGACACCCGCAUCUGCGAGGACAUUGAUGAGUGCUCUGCCCACAUCGGGAUCUGCGGCCCUGGCACCUGCUACAACACCCUGGGCAACUACACCUGCGUGUGCCCCCCCGAGUACAUGCAGGUCAACGGGGGAAACAACUGCAUGGACAUGAGGAAGAGCGUUUGCUACCGCAACUACAACGACACCUGUGAGAACGAGCUGUCCUUCAACAUGACCAAGAAGAUGUGCUGCUGCUCCUACAACAUUGGCAAGGCCUGGAACAAACCCUGCGAGCCCUGUCCCACCCCUGCCAGCCCCGAGUACCAGAUCCUGUGUGGGAACCAAGCCCCCGGAUUCAUCAUUGACAUCCACACAGGGAAGCCCAUUGAUAUCGAUGAGUGCAGCGAGAUCCCCGCGAUCUGCACCAACGGCGUGUGCAUCAACCAGAUCGGGAGCUUCCGCUGCGAGUGCCCCAUCGGCUUCAGCUACAACAACAUCCUGCUCAUCUGCGAAGACAUCGACGAGUGCAGCAGCGGGGAGACGCUGUGCCAGCGGCACGCCGAGUGCGUCAACAUCCCGGGCAGCUUCCGCUGCGAGUGCGCCACCGGCUACCGCCUGUCCCCGGGGGGCGCCUGCGUGGGUCGCAACGAGUGCCAGGAGAUCCCCAACGUGUGCAGCCACGGCGACUGCGUGGACACCGAGGGCAGCUACGUGUGCAUCUGCCACAACGGCUUCAAGGCCACCGGGGAGCAGACCAUGUGCAUGGACAUCGACGAGUGUGACCGGCAGCCCUGCGGCAACGGGACCUGCAAGAACACCGUGGGCUCCUACAACUGCCUGUGCUUCCCGGGCUUCGAGCUCACCCACAACAACGACUGCAUGGACGUGGACGAGUGCUCGUCGCUGGUGGGGCAGGUGUGCAGGAACGGGCAGUGCAUCAACAGCGUGGGCUCCUUCCAGUGCCUGUGCCAGGAGGGCUACGACCGCACGCCCGACGGCAAGAACUGCGUGGACAUCAACGAGUGCGUGAGCCUGCCCGGGACGUGCUCCCCAGGCACCUGCCAGAACCUGGAGGGCUCCUUCCGCUGCAUCUGCCCCCCUGGCUACGAGGUGCAGAACGACAACUGCAUUGACAUCAACGAGUGCGAAGAGGAGCCCAACAUCUGCCUCUUUGGGACGUGCACCAACACCCCCGGCAGCUUCCAGUGCGUGUGUCCCCCGGGCUUCGUGCUGUCCGACAACGGCCGCCGCUGCUUCGACACUCGCCAGAGCUUCUGCUUCACUCGCUUCGACAACGGGAAGUGCUCGGUGCCCAAGGCCUUCAACACCACCAAGGCUCGGUGCUGCUGCAGCAAAAUGCCCGGGGAGGGCUGGGGAGACCCCUGCGAGCUGUGCCCCCAGGAGGGGAACGUUGCCUUCCAGGAGCUGUGUCCCUAUGGCCACGGGGCCAUCCCAGGCCCAGGUGACACCAGGGAAGACGUGAACGAGUGCUCGGAGAACCUGGGGGUGUGCAUCAACGGCGCCUGCAUCAACACCGACGGCUCCUUCCGCUGCGAGUGCCCCUUCGGCUACAACCUGGACUACACCGGGGUCAACUGCGUGGACACGGACGAGUGCUCCAUUGGCAAUCCCUGUGGGAAUGGCACCUGCACCAACGUGGUGGGAGGCUUCGAGUGCGCCUGCGACGAGGGCUUCGAGCCAGGGCCCAUGAUGACCUGUGAAGACAUCAACGAGUGCUCCCUGAACCCCCUGCUCUGCGCCUUCCGCUGCAUCAACACCUUCGGCUCCUACGAGUGCACCUGCCCCUCUGGGUACGCCCUGCGGGAGGACAGGAGGAUGUGCAGAGAUCUGGAUGAGUGUGCAGAGGGGCUGCAUGACUGCGAGUCCCGGGGGAUGCUCUGCAAGAACCUCAUCGGCACCUUCAUGUGCAUCUGCCCUCCUGGCAUGCAGCGCAGGCCCGACGGCGAGGGCUGCACAGAUGAGAACGAGUGCCGCACCAAGCCCGGCAUCUGCCCCAACGGGCGCUGCGUGAACACGGCCGGCAGUUACCGCUGCGACUGCAACGAGGGCUUCGAAGUCAGUCCCUCGGGCACCGAGUGCAUCGACACCCGCCAGGGCUUCUGCUUCACGGAGGUGCUGCAGACCAUGUGCCAGAUGUCCUCCACCAACCGCAACCUGGUCACCAAGUCCGAGUGCUGCUGCAACAGCGGGCGCAGCUGGGGCCCCCAGUGCGAGCUCUGCCCCCUGCCUGGCACUGCCCACUACAAGAAGAUGUGUCCCCACGGCCCCGGCUACUCCACGGAUGGCAGAGACAUCGACGAGUGCAAGGUGCUGCCCAACCUGUGCAGGAACGGGCAGUGCAUCAACAGCAUCGGCUCCUUCCGCUGCCACUGCCGGCUGGGCUACACCCCGGACAUCACGGGCACGGCGUGCCAGGAUCUGGACGAGUGUAACCAGUCCCCAAAGCCCUGCAACUUCAUCUGCAAGAACACCGAGGGCAGCUACCAGUGCUCCUGCCCCCGGGGCUACGUCCUGCAGGAGGACGGCAAGAUCUGCAAAGACUUGGACGAGUGUUCCACCAAGCAGCACAACUGCCAGUUCCUCUGUGUCAACGUCAUCGGGGGCUUCAACUGCAAGUGCCCCCCUGGCUUCACCCAGCACCACUCCUCCUGCAUUGACAACAACGAGUGCACAGCUCAGCCCUCCCUGUGUGGAGCCAAAGGGCAGUGCCUGAACACCCCGGGCAGCUACAACUGCGAGUGCCAGAAGGGAUUUUCCCUGGACAGCUCCGGGGUCAACUGUGAAGAUGUGGACGAGUGUGACGGGAACCACCGGUGCCAGCAUGGCUGCCAGAACGUGCUCGGGGGGUACCGCUGCGGCUGCCCCCAGGGCUACGUGCAGCACUACCAGUGGAACCAGUGCGUGGAUGAGAACGAGUGCUCCAGCCCCUCUGCCUGUGGCUCUGCCUCCUGCUACAACACCCUGGGCAGCUUCAAGUGCGUUUGUCCCUCGGGCUUCGACUUCGACCAGGCCUUCGGGGGCUGCCAGGACGUGGACGAGUGCUCGGCCGGGGGCAGCCCCUGCAGCUACGGCUGCUCCAACACGGACGGGGGGUACCUCUGUGGCUGCCCUGGGGGCUACUUCCGAGCAGGACAGGGCCACUGCAUUUCUGGCCUGGGAUUUGGGAAGGGUCCCUACCUGCCUGCGCCCCAGGAGGAGGAUGAGGACAACCUGCUGUCCCCCGAGACCUGCUACGAGUGCAAGAUCAACGGGUACCCCAAGAGGGGCCGGCAGCGGCGCAGCGUCAACGGCACGGAGAGGCACCAGGAGCACGCCGUGAACUUGGCCAGCAUGGACGUGGAGGCGCCGCUGUCCAUGACGCUGAACCUGUCGGAGCUGGCGCACAAGGAGCACAUCCUGGAGCUGCUGCCGGCCCUGGAGCCGCUGGAGAACCGCGUGCGCUACGCCAUCGCCCAGGGCAACGACGAGGGGCUGUUCCGCAUCCACCACAAGGAGGGGCUCAGCUUCCUGCACCUGGGCCGCAAGAAAAUCCUGCCGGGCACCUACCUGCUGGAGAUCGUCAGCGUGGCCCUGCCCCGCCGGCGGGAACUGCACAAACUCGAGGCCAGCAACCACCUCGACUACUUGGCGGGGGAGCUGGGCCAGGCGCUGAGGAUGAAGCUGCAGCUCCAGCUCUACUAA